UUCUUCCCUUUUUUCCUCCCUGUCCUCCUACUUCGGUACUCCCACUAACUCACUACUACUACAACAUUCUUACAUAACGACCUUCUCUUCGUCUUGUAAUCGAGACCUUUAUUGUCUCGCCUCUUAUCAAACAUUCGCUUGUUUGCUUUAUUUUCCUCUUUUCAAUUCUCAAUAUUCAAGAACUUCAGAACUUAAGCUUUACAUUUCCCCCUCCGCUUUCUCGCGCGCUCGCUCUUCUGUCGCUCGAUCAAAGAAACCAACCCCUCUUAUCUCAGUCGCCUUUGCCGCGUGUUCAGCCCCACGGCCAUCGUUCGUGCUUCCGAACGUCCACUUCUCAUUCUACCAAUCUUCCUGUUACUUUCUCUCUUUUGCUCUCUUGAACCCUUCAUUCUUUUUUCAAGUUGUUCUUGCCUGGGGAGAGGCAAGACAACCUCGCCAUGUCAACACCCGCGGUUCCCCUCCUCAAACCGCCCGUGCCGGGUAAUCGCAACAACAGCAAUGGCCCCCGACCUCCAAAGCUCACCUUGGGGAUUCCCCCAUCACCCAACGCUCGUCCCGUCACCGGUAACGGGAUACCUGCUCCAGCGCCCGUCCACCCUCCCGCUUUAGCCCCCGAAGUGCCACAACUCCCGCGCCCGUCCACCCGCCCGGCGCCCCCACAACUGCGACUUGCGACUCCGAUGGGUAGCAGUAAGAAUAUCCAACAAGUCAAUGGUCGUCCAGCUCCCCCGCCUCUAGCCACCAGUGGAUUGAACGAACCAAACGGACACUCGCGGUCAGGUAGCUUCAACUAUUUGGAUGGAAAGGCUAGUGGCCCGGCAUCUGCUUCAUCGUCAAACUACUCAGCGUUAUCAUUCGCCAUGGGUCUUCGUCAACCACAGGGUAGUACUCCGGAUCCGUCUUCCGCUAUUAGUUCAGUUUACUCCGAUCGGGAAGGAGGUGUGCAGAUGGAGCGAGACAACAGCGUAAACGGAUUAAUUCCAGAUCUCGACAAGUUAAGUUUAGAAAAGGGCAGGCCAUUGGACGUUGACGAUUUGGAUGAUGAAGGCUGGCUCGCGGCCAGUGAACAGAAGAAGAUUGUGGAGUUGGGCAGUCUGGGUGAGGGAGCGGGAGGUGCGGUCACUCGUUGCAAGCUCAAGGAGGGAAAGACCGUCUUCGCGUUGAAGAUUAUCACAACCGAUCCAAACCCAGAUGUGAAGAAGCAGAUUGUUCGGGAGCUCAACUUCAACAAGGACUGUGCCUCAGAACAUAUCUGUCGGUAUUACGGUGCAUUCAUGGAUAAGUCCACCGGCACAAUUUCGAUCGCGAUGGAGUUCUGCGAGGGUGGCAGUCUAGACAGUAUCUACAAAGAAGUGAAGAAGCUAGGAGGUCGAACAGGAGAGAAAGUGCUGGGUAAGGUCGCAGAAGGAGUAUUGAACGGUUUAACAUAUCUGCAUAGCAGGAAGAUUAUUCAUCGAGAUAUCAAGCCGUCGAAUAUUCUUCUGUGCCGCAACGGACAAGUCAAGCUAUGCGAUUUUGGCGUUAGUGGAGAGUUCGGCACCAAGGGCGAUGCCAAUACAUUCAUUGGCACUUCCUACUACAUGGCCCCCGAACGGAUCACUGGUCAAUCAUAUACGAUUACAUCGGACGUCUGGUCUCUAGGCGUAACGCUCCUUGAAGUCGCCCAGCAUCGCUUCCCCUUCCCAGCCGAUGGAACUGAAAUGCAGCCUCGCGCUGGGUUAAUCGACCUCCUUACAUACAUCGUCCGCCAACCGAUCCCUAAAUUGAAAGAUGAGCCGGAUAACGGUAUUCGCUGGUCUGAUAGCUUCAAGUACUUUAUAGAAUGCUGUCUCGAGAAAGAACCUCCACGAAGAGCGACACCAUGGCGGAUGCUGGAUCAUCCUUGGAUGCUGGACAUGAAAAACAAAAAAGUCAACAUGGCGAACUUCGUGCGACAGGUGUGGGGUUGGGACAACUAGAACUUUCUCCGCAGCACCACUCAUUCCUUUGCAACCUCCCUCCCUCCAUGCCUCUAACUGCUACUCUUCAUCAUAAUAUAUCGCAUCUUUACGGUCCCUUCUUACGCUUACCAGUGGCUG